GUUCAUUUCAUUAUACUUGAACUUCAUAAGUUCAUAUAUAUCAAUACAAUGAUGUAAACGUUUUAAACUGCAUGCAGAUCUUGUUAUAUCGAUUUCUUGGUUAGUUAAUAGCCCAGGCUUAGAAAAUAAUCAAGCUACACAACAGUAGGAAUAGGCAUAUCUUGUUGCAGUAAUAUUGUUUCACGACUGGAUAGUGGAUACAACUUUAGUGUAUACGGUAAAUAUAAAAAACAUGACAGUCAAACCAAGACAUGGAGAAGUGGCAGACUGUAAUCAACGAUUGCAAACAAUUAAUGAAACGAUGAAAGAAAAAUUAGACCGAAUCAAGUCAACGCUAAUUAAAAAUGUACCUGGUUUUGUUGGGACAUGUGCAGCCACAGUAGGAAUCGUUGCACUUGGAGCAACCCUCAGAGGAGAAUGGCUACUUAUUCUUGUGCACUUCCUGAAACAAUUUGGGCAUCUCCAAUCAGGUUCAGACAUUCGACUUGAUGCAACAAUAAACUCCAAUGAAAACAGCACUAACAUUGGAUCAAAUGCUACCGAUGUACCAUUCUUGGAGCAGUAUCGGUUGCAAGGUUUGCAAUACGUAUGGAUGUUUUCCGUACUUUUUACAUUCCUUAGUUAUUACGGUCUGGGUGGCGUGCUGCAAUACACGUUUUACUUCAAACAAAAAGAAAAUUCUGAAGAUUGGAAAUGUCAGCCAAAUCGCUGGCUCACCCCAGCCUUGGAGAAACACGAGUUCACACUUGGUUCCAUCAACAUGUUAAUUGGGGGCUCAUAUUCCGCUGUUUUUGCCACAUACUUGAUAAAUGGAGGUCGAACAAAGAUGUAUUUUGAUUUCGGAAGGUAUGGCAUAUGGUGGGAAUUGUUUGCCCUACCUGCAUUAUUCAUGAUUCAAGAUGCCACUGCUUAUUACCUUCACAGCACAUUCCAUAAUGUGCAGUUCCUCUACAGAUGGGUCCACAAGUGGCACCAUAAGUAUUAUGCCCCCACGGCAUUCGCAGCAGUAGCCAUGCACCCAGUAGAGUUCAUCAUGUAUCAGUUCUCGCUCAUUGCCCCAAUAUUGUUCAUUCCAAUAUAUUCAGGUUCAUUCUUACUUUGCAUCAUGUACGUUUACUACUACGGAAUGAUUGACCACUCUGGUAUAAUGAUGUCGGCAUUCUGGCCUUGGCAACCUCACACAAUCUUCCAUGAUGAUCAUCACAGAUAUUUUCAUUGCAAUUUUGGCUUUAAUACGUACUUCUUUGACUGGCUGCAUGGAUCACUUCGACGUAAAGAUCGUUAUUACACCGAAGAUACCUUUGGUGGAAAAGGUGCUGCUUUGCUGCAGCAAAAGAAGGAUUAAAACAGAUAAUCUUAUCGAUUGACAAAUCUGAACAAAACUGCCCUGGAUUUUAAAGGAUGGGUUCACUUCAUUAUUUUACACCGAUCAGAGACAUAAUGCAUGAUGAAAUACAUUAGUAAUAGGUGCAAAUAUACACAAUGAUAUGAAUAAAGAAUUAAAGUCUCAAUCAAUAAACUUUCCAAGGAGGUACAGAUGAAAGCUUGACGCAUGGCGUUAAUGACACGUUCAAAGGAUAUAAAAUCCAAAUGGAUGUUGAAACCGUGCUCCUUAUAUUUUCAUCAAAUCUUACCUUAAUUGCUACCCAUCACUACGUGGGUCUUACACUGUCAGUGACUUGGUGUGGACAAGGCACGGCGUCUAGAAAAACUUCUCCAAAAGAUUCAGCAGGAUUGAGAGCAGCCCCUACGUUAUUUCUACGGGAUAUUUUGAGGUUGAUAAUUUUCAUUGAGUUGACAGAACACUUUACACGGUAAAGUGUAAUUUGACUUCAUAAGUUUGACAACCCUAGCUUCCCCAUUGGAUACAUGCUAUAAGCCUAUUUAUAUUUGAGUUUUUAUUUCCAUAAUCUGUAAAGAAAAGUCUACUUUUAGGGCUUGAAAUAUAAAUUGACAUCAUUUCGAA